AUGUCGAAAGCUCAGAAAGCUCUAUUUAUGAAUCAACAAGCCUCCAUUCUCAACACUGAAAAACAGCUGGGCCAAAUUGCACUUCAAAUAAAUAAGAGACGACCGGGUGGACUUCCUAGUAAUACCGAAAAUAAUCUGAAAGGCGCACAUAUAAACAUCAUGACAACUCGGAGUGGGAAGAUUAUUACUCCUCUGGCCCCUAUUCAGAAAGAAGAUCCUAAAUUGGUGCAAGAGGAAGAAGCAAAAACACAAGAAUCGAAAAAUCCCGACCCGACUCGCCGAGUCACAGACAUGGACUCGACGAGUCCACCACCUGAACAGAAAAAUAAACCUCCUGUUAAGCCAUAUCAGCCUCCACUUCCGUUUCCAAGUCGAUCCAUACAAGAUAAGCAUAAUAUUGAUUAUCAAAAGUUCCUGGAACAAAUAAAACACCUUCAAAUUAAUAUGUCAUUCAUCCAGGCGGUUGCACAAAUGCCUAAGUAUGCCAAAUUUUUAAAGGAGGUUCUUACAAAUAGAAAGAAGAUGGAAGAAGUGAAGAAGGUGGCUCUAAAUGAAAAUUAUUCAGUGGCCAUGUUGAACAAAUUACCUAAGAAGAAUGGUAACCUUGGUAGUUUGACCUUGCCUUGUAAAUUCGGGAAUUUAGCAACUAUCCAUGCGUUAGCUGAUUCGGGGGCGAGUGUCAACCUCAUGCCAUAUUUAUUCUUUAAGAAGUUAAACCUUCCCGAGCCAAGGCCAAUUCGAUUGGAAAUUCACUUAGCAAAUAAAAUGGUGAUAUUUCCGUGGGGAAUAUGCGAAGAACUAUUGGUGAAAGUUGAUAAGUUUGUGUUCCCCACGGACUUCGUAGUACUAGAUAUGGAAGCAGAUCUUCAAGUUCCCAUCAUUCUUGGAAGACCUGUCCUAAAUACCGCAAGUGCUAUAGUAGACAUGCAAGAUUCUAAACUUACCCUUUGGGUGGGAGACGAAUCAGUUACAUCUGGAGUUGAUCAAGCCAUGAAGCAUGCAAGAUAUAGUGAUGACACGACAUUUUUGGUUGAUAUGUUGGAAGAAUUAAUGGAAGACUGGGAAGAAAACAAGCCAAGUAAUUCGGCCACAGCCUUAGAUGAUGAUUUUGAUGCUGAAAGAGACCUGAUGGAGAUAGAGAGACUACUCGAAGAAGCUGAAUAUAAUGAGUUAAUCAAAGGUGCAGAAAACCCGACUCACCGAGUCGCAUUCACUGACUUGACGAGUUCAAUUGAUAAAUCAUGA